CAUGUGAUUAUCACGUGACAUCUUCAAAAUGGCUGAUAUGGAGAGGGUAUUUUGUGUGAUGUUCUCUUGCUUGGUAGUUGUACUAUGCAACACUCAAGAACAGUACAGGGGUAAAAAUGGUCGUGAUUUCACAGAUAAAAUACAGGGUUCUGCUUGGCCGCAACCAAAAUCAUUGACAACCAGUAUGACACAAAGAACAUUGGACGCCAGUGUUUUCCAGUUCCGUGUUUCAACGCCUUCAGAACGCUGUGACAUUAUUGAUCAGGCGUUCAUUCGCUACAGAAAUUAUGUAUUUGGUACAGAUGUUGAUACGUUGAAAUUUAAGCCAAAGUCUAGACAUGCAUCUAGAUCUGACCCAUUACUCCGAAAGGCCACUCCACUGGAGGCACUGACAGUCAAGAUAGACACAAACUGUGAUGGCUACCCUAAUCUGGAUUCUGAUGAGUCAUAUACUCUGCAAAUUACAGAAGAUGGUACAGAGGCUUCCAUACAGGCCAGCCAAGUGUGGGGCGCUCUAAGGGGUUUGGAGACGUUCAGCCAGUUGGUUUUCCAGAACUCCUUUGGCACUUUUGUUGUAAAUGCCACUGCGGUGAAUGAUGUUCCGAGAUUCAAGCACAGGGGUGUUUUGUUGGACACCUCAAGACAUUUCCUGUCCAUGAGAGUGUUGAAGGAAAACUUGGAGCUGAUGUCACAGAACAAAUUCAAUGUUUUCCACUGGCACAUAGUAGAUGAUCAGUCGUUCCCAUAUGAAAGCAAUACAUUUCCAGAUAUGAGUGUGAAGGGAGCUUACUCACCCAGACAUGUUUACACUUAUGAAAAUGUGAAAGAAAUUAUUGAGUUUGCUCGACUGCGUGGCAUACGAGUAAUUCCUGAAUAUGACACACCAGGUCACACUCAAUCUUGGGGUAAGGCCAUAGAAGACCUGCUCACCAAAUGCUAUAAGGGAACAGAGUGGACUGGGGAGUAUGGCCCCAUAAACCCAGCCCUGAACUCUACCUUUGAUUUCCUGGAGAAGUUCUUCACAGAGAUAUCCCAGGUGUUCCCGGACCACUACAUGCACCUCGGAGGGGACGAGGUGUCAUUUACAUGCUGGGAGAGUAACCCUGAUAUCACAAAGUUCAUGCAGGCAAUGGGCUUUGGGAAAAAAUACUCGGCUCUGGAAGAGUACUACAUGCAGAGAUUAAUAAACAUUGUGAAUGGUGUGAAGAAAGGCUACAUGAUUUGGCAGGAGGUCAUUGAUAAUGGGGCUAAGGUGGCAGAUGAUUCUGUUGUUCAUAUUUGGAAAAGAGGCCUCUUUGAGGCUGAGCUUGCUAAGGUCACUGGUCUUGGGUACAAAGCUAUUUUGUCCGCUCCUUGGUAUGUGAACAUUAUCUCAUAUGGAGAUGACUGGAAGAAAUACUACAAAAUUGAACCACUGUCAUUCAAUGGUACCGCUAGUCAGAAGGCACUGAUCAUGGGUGGGGAAACUUGUAUCUGGGGAGAGUUUGUGGACGACACCAACCUUACACCCAGGCUCUGGCCGCGUGCAUCUGCUAUAGCUGAGCGGCUGUGGAGCCCUGCCAACGUGAAUGACUCUGGGAAGGCAAUGGGAAGGCUGGAGGAACACAGGUGUAGGCUUAUCAGGCGAGGAUUCCCUGCAGAGCCAGUGAAUGGACCUGGGUUUUGUGACUAUGAAUAUUAAUUUUUCAUAAAGGAUGGAGUUAAUAUCAAAAUAUAUUUUGUGAUGUGCUAUGAUCAAUCUAUUAUGAUCAAUCUAUUACUUAAUUAGCAUCAAAUGCUGUUUUGUGUUCUGUGACAGUUGACUACGGUACUUUAUGAUAUAAUAUACAUUAUAAUGUCAUUCCAGUUUUUUUGUGUUAAAACUUGGGAAAUAAAAUAUACUUACAUUCA